AUUCCUGAAAACAUUUCGAUUAAUCCAUCUUAAGUUUAGCUGAUAAUAAAACGGAGCAAAUAUAUUAGAUUGAAUAGAUAGGAAGGAACUACUCUUUUAAUUAUUGAGAUUACUUAAUAAUAAUUGAUCCAUUCGACCUUUUUUAAAUAGAAAAUACGCCGUAAUAAUUAUUGAAGUUAAGUUGGAAACGUGAAUAUCAGAUGAAAGGUAUGAGAUAUAUUAUUUUAAUUUUAAAAUACCAUAUAAUAAUUGAGGUAAACUUGAUAUUCUAUAAUGUGAUGGAAACACCUUAGCUUGAUAACAGAGUUGCUGAGAGAUGAU